AUGAGAAAUCUAAGAACAGUCUCGUAUUCGCAAACGGAACUGAAAGCCGAUCUUCCCCUCGCGGCUACAGCAUGGGAUAUUGCCAACAAUACCAUUGUCUGUGCCCUUGGCCCGACGCCCACAAAACCGGUCAUUGAACUGAAGCGAAGAGCAUUAACGGGAGCAGAGGGAGCACAAUUUACCAGCAUCACAUCCUGGGAUGCUCCAUGUCCGCUGCCGGAUUUGGAAUGCGAUGAAAUUUUACUUCUUCAACACUUUUCUGACACUGCCACGUCUUGCCUAGUAUUGGCUGGUGGAGAUGUCGUGGUGGUUCGUGAGGACCCUUUGCCCGAUGAGGAGAAGAUUGAAAUAGUCGGCUCUGUCGAUGUCGGAAUUUGUGCUGCUGCCUGGGCUCCGGACGAGGAGCUCCUCGCUAUCGUCACUCGAGCAGAUACACUUGUUCUGAUGAGCAGGACUUUCGAGCCACUGAAUGAAAGCACCUUUUCGGCAGACGAUCUAAAAGUGUCGAAGCAAGUCUCAGUAGGCUGGGGCCAAAGAGAAACUCAAUUUCAGGGAAGACGGGCCAAGGCUAUGCGAGAUCCCACUGUCCCGGAGACCGUCGAUCAGGGAAAGCCCAGUCCUUAUGAGGAUGGCAAAGCAACGAUCAGUUGGCGAGGAGACGGGCAAUACGUCGCUAUCAACAGCGUGGUGGCUGGUAAUCGACGCGUAGUCAGAGUCUAUACCCGGGAGGCUGUGCUUGAUAGUGCGAGCGAGGCAGUGGACGGACUUGAGUCUGCCCUCAGCUGGAGACCAUCAGGAAAUCUCAUUGCAGGCAUCAAGCGCUCGUCCAGCAAGACAGAGAUUGUGUUCUUCGAGAGGAAUGGUCUGCGGCACGGUCAAUUUGAUCUCAGAUUGACACAGAAAGAUUCGGAGAACUGGGCUAGCUGCAUUUCUCUCUCAUGGAACACGGAUUCCACGGUUCUGGCCAUCUGCUUCAAGGACCGUGUACAAUUUUGGACCAUGGGAAAUUAUCAUUACUACCUCAAGCAGGAGUUUUUGCUUUCUGGAGUUCUUCAUCCCACCUCUCUCAAGUGGCACACAGAAACACCGCUCAGGAUGGCCCUUGGCACAGCCGAGGGAUUGUUGGAUAUAACCUUUCUCCCAGCGGUGAGCCGUGGUAGCACGGUGCCUCCCUAUGACAGCGGUGUCGUGGCCGUUAUUGACGGGAAGACACUCAAACUCACACCACUGAAGCAAGCUGGAGUGCCUCCACCGAUGUCGUUCUGCGAAGUCGCUUUCGACUACAACAUUGUAGACUGUGCUGUCAGUCAAGACAGCCGGAAGAUCGCCGUCUUAACCACACACUCUCUCGAACUUUGUCAAUGGUCGACUCGGACUACACCCACGGGUGACUCCAAGUUCACAACGUCUGUGCAACGACAUUCCCGACCACUACCGAGUACUAGUCGAUAUACACAGGUGGUGGAAAAGGGGGGGGAAGUGUAUAUGCUAGCCCCAGCUCAGAGUCACAAACCAGCAGCAUGCAUGAAACUAGCCUGGUCUGAGACGUCCACCUCAAAAGACUUCGAAGCAAUACCUAUACCUCAAGGGAGUGAUAAUCUUCUGGUUGACAUUCAUUUCGACUCCGUCGCAUGCACAAGCUCUAUGCUUGACUCGACAUUCUUGGUUCCGUAUCCGUCUGAGAUUGAUUCACACCAAAUCCACGGCAGCCAGCCCAACAGUUCUCUAUUUGCCUUGCCGGGCCUUGAUGCACAAGUCAACGGUACCAUCAACGGGCACACAACUCAGUACCACAAAGCUUCUCUGACUUCGAAGGGAAACCUUUACAUCGACGAUAUCCUUCUAGUACGAGAAUGUACAUCCUACGUACUCACAGCCGCCCAUCUGAUCUUCACAACUUCUCAACAUUUGCUAAAGUUUGUCCAUCUAACAACUCCGUCCAACAUGCAAGUACCUGGUGAUACUCCGGAAGUUGACGAGCGAUGCCGAAGCAUCGAAAGAGGGGGCAAGAUAGUCACAGUCAUUCCCUCGAUGUAUGCUGUGAUUCUCCAAAUGCCACGAGGAAAUACAGAGACAGUGUACCCACGCCUGCUCGUCCUGUCGGGCAUACGCCACCAUCUCAAACAGCAAGACUAUCUGUCAGCCUUCCUGGCUUGCCAGACACAUCAAGUUGACAUGAACAUUCUGCACGAUUACGAUCCCGGAACAUUCCUAGCCAACGUUCCCAAAUUUAUCGAGCAAUUGAAGAAGCCGAGUCGCAUCGACGAGUUCCUUUCAAAACUUAAAGACGAAGACGUCACGCAAACCCUUUACCGAGACACUCUCAAUGUUCAACAAGCACAAACUCAGGCAGUGGCACAAACAGUACAACCUAAACCAGGCACAAAGGUCAACAAGAUUGCCGAGGCCUUCUUGUCUGCCCUCUCGCCUCACGCGUCCACAUCCUUCCAGAACAUGAUAACAGCACACGUCUGCAAACGCCCGCCGGAUCUCAACUCAGCCUUGAGCAUGAUAUCAAAUCUACUGUCUUCCUCCAGAGACGAAGCUGAAUCCGCCAUCUCGCAUCUCGUGUUCCUCACGGAUGCGAACCGUCUCUUCGACGCCGCGCUCGCCCUCUACGACCUCGACCUGACGCUCCUCGUCGCACAAAGCGCCCAGCGCGACCCGAAAGAGUACACGCCCUUCCUGCAAUCUCUCAACGCCCUCCCAACGCUUCGACGGCAAUAUACCAUCGACAACCACCUACACAGGUACGCCCGGGCCCUGUCCUCCCUACACGCGCUCGAAGCACACGACGAAUUCGAGUCGUACACGGUCAAACACAAGCUGUACACGACGGCACUCGACCUCUACAAAUACGACAAGGCACACCUGGAGAAGAUGAUGCGCCUCUACGCGCAGCACCUCACGACGCAAUCCCAGCACAACCACGCCGCUACGCUCUUCGAGUCACUGGGCGACUACGACGCCGCAUACCCUCUGUACGCACUCGCCCACAAGUGGCGGGAGUCUCUCACCUGCGCGGCGAUGGUCCCCCUCGAUCCAGAGAGGCUCUCGUCGCUCGCCACGUCGCUCGCGACCACGUGCACAGACGAAACGCGCGACUUCCGCGCUGCCGCCACCAUCCACGCCGAGCACCUCAACGACACGCUGAAUGCGGCCCGCCUGUUCUGCCGGGGCUCGUACUUUGCCGACGCAAGCCGCAUCCUGGCGCUCCGCGGCCUCCGGCCCGAGAUCCCGGGCGUUCUGGACACCGCGCUGGCCGAGAAGGUGGGCGAGAUCCUCGAGCUCAUCGCCGACUGCAAGGGCCAAUUGUCCGCGCAGGUGCCCCGGAUCGCCGAGCUGCGGAAGAAGAAGGAAGAGGACCCGCUCGCGUACUACGGCGGCGACCCGUCCCUCGUCGACCCCAACGCCGCCGACAUCCCGGACAACGUGUCCCUCGCGGCCACGGACGCCACCACCGCCGGCGGCCAGAGCCUGUUCACGCGCUACGGGAGCAACGCGAGCAAGUUCGGGGGCACCGUCGCGAGCAAUGUCUCGCGCAGGACCAGCAAGACCAAACGCCGGGAAGAGCGGAAGCGGGCAAGGGGCAAGAAGGGAAGCGUGUACGAAGAAGAGUACCUCAUCGCCAGCGUGGCGAGGUUGAUCGAGAGGGUCAACGGCGUGCACGACGAAGUCCAGCGCUUACUCAGCGGCCUGUUGAGGCGGGGAAUGCGCGAGCAGGCCGCAAAGGUAGACGAGGUGCUUAGGGAGAUGGUCGAGCUGUGUGUCAAGGCCAAGGGAGAGGUGUGGCAGGCUGCUGCUGCGGCGCUGCCCGAAGACGUCAAUGCCGGUGCUGCUAAUACCUACGACGUCAACGGCGAAGGGAGACCUCCCGGUGCUGAUGGUGUGUUUUGGGAAAGCCAACAAGGCUUUCAGAAGAAAGAGGCGCCAGAAAUCAGGGAGUGGAUGUCGAAUGAGCUUGUGACGGCAUGA